AAGUGAAUAGCAAAACAUAACAGUAAGGCAACCGACCUGAAUGCUUCCGACGACCGCUCUCUCUCUCACCCUUCAGUUUCUCUCUCUAUAUGUAUCUUUACAAUCUCUAUUCAUAUCUCUCUUGUUCUCUCACAAUUUGGCGUUGAUAAUCUAACUUUUCUCUUUGUAAACCUCUCUUUCUUCUUAGUUAAGAUUUGGGUUUUGUGGAAUUCAGUAUUUCAGUUCAAAUUUACUUGGAAACCCACUAGACUCGUGUAUGUCUCUCUCUAGAAAAAUCCGCUCAUGAUCAUGAGGGAUUUGAAUUGAAGUUAGAUUUUAGCUAAUUUAGGGUUCUAUUGUGGAGAUGAAGAGAGCGAAGUUGGACCUGUUCAUGUCACUUAGUCGACAAAGAUCGAUUCAAAUUCUGAUAUUUGUGGGUGUUUUGUAUGUGUUCAUGGUGAGUUUAGAAGUACCCUUCGUGUUCAAAACUGGGCUCAGUUCAGUCACUCAAGAGGGCUUCAGUGACCCAUCGUCUAUGUCUUUUGUUCUAGAUAGCGAAGAGGAAUUGGAAGAAAAAGACGCCCCAACUCGACCCAUGAAAGUCCCCCUUAGGGUUCCAAGUCAAUCACAAAAAUUUAGACCCGGUAGAAGAAUUAGAGAGAAUAAAAUCGUAUCGAGUUUGAAUUUUGAUGGUAGCCUUGUUAAUGUAAAUAGAAAAGAUGGGUUUUCUGGGAUUCUGAAUAAUGCAAAGGAAGCAUUUGAAGUGGGGAAGAGGCUUUGGGAGGAGCUUGAAUUGGGUUCAAAAGGUCAAAACUCCUAUAAUAAGAAAGUAGAGAAUAGAACUGAGUCAUGUCCACAUUCGAUUUCAAUGUCAGGAACAGAGUUUUGGGAGAAAGGUAGAAUGAUGGUGUUGCCAUGUGGGUUGACAUUGGGAUCACAUAUAACAGUGGUGGGGAAGCCGAAGCAGGCGCACCCAGAGAACGACCAGAAGAUAUCAUUGUUGAAGGAGGGUCAGUACGUGAUGGUUUCACAAUUUAUGAUGGAGUUGCAAGGGUUGAAGACUGUGGAUGGAGAGGACCCACCAAGGAUUUUGCAUUUUAAUCCUAGGUUGAAGGGAGAUUGGAGUGGGAAGCCUGUUAUUGAGCAGAACACUUGCUAUAGGAUGCAAUGGGGAACAGCGCUACGGUGUGACGGGUGGAAAUCGAAGGCUGAUGACGAAACUGUUGAUGGUCAAACGAAAUGUGAGAAGUGGAUCAGAGAUGAUGGCGAUCACUACGAGUCAUCGAAAGCAACAUGGUGGUUGAAUAGGAUAAUAGGCAGAACAAAGAAGGUCAAUUUUGACUGGCCAUACCCUUUUGAAGAGGACAAGCUAUUUGUUCUAACUCUUAGUGCUGGCUUAGAGGGUUAUCAUGUCAAUGUUGAUGGGAGGCAUGUCACCUCAUUUCCUUACCGCAUUGGGUUUGCGCUCGAGGAUGCCACUGGGUUAUAUCUGAAUGGAGACCUUAAUGUCAAUUCAAUAUUUGCCGCUUCCUUGCCCACAUCACAUCCUAGUUUUGCUCCUCAAAAACUUCUUGACAUGUCGACCAGAUGGAAGGCGCCGCCUCUUCCAGAUGGGCCUGUUGAACUGUUCAUUGGUAUUCUUUCGGCAGGCAACCAUUUUGCUGAGCGUAUGGCUGUAAGAAAGUCUUGGAUGCAGCAUAAACUUGUCAAAUCUUCAAAUGUUGUGGCUCGUUUCUUUGUAGCGCUGCAUCCAAGAAAAGAAGUGAAUGUGGAGUUGAAGAAAGAAGCAGAGUUCUUUGGUGACAUAGUCAUAGUGCCUUACAUGGAUACCUAUGACCUUGUCGUUUUGAAAACUGUUGCCAUCUGUGAUUAUGGGGUUUGCACUGUAUCUGCGAAGUAUAUUAUGAAGUGUGAUGAUGACACAUUUGUUAGAGUAGAUGCAAUUAUUAAGGAAGCAAAGAAAGUACCUGAAUCUAGAAGCUUGUAUGUCGGGAACAUCAAUUACUACCAUAAGCCCUUGCGUAAUGGUAAAUGGGCGGUGACAUAUGAGGAAUGGCCCGAAGAAGAUUAUCCACCUUAUGCAAAUGGGCCUGGCUACAUCGUGUCAUCGGACAUUGCACACUUCCUCGUACAGGAAUUUGAGAAACAUAAAUUAAGGUUGUUCAAGAUGGAAGAUGUCAGUAUGGGAAUGUGGGUGGAGCAGUUCAACCGCUCAACACCAGUAGAGUACGUACACAGCUUGAAGUUUUGUCAAUUUGGGUGCAUCGAUGAUUAUUACACAGCACACUACCAGUCUCCGAAGCAAAUGAUAUGCAUGUGGGACAAAUUACAACAGCUUGGAAGGCCUCAGUGUUGCAACAUGAGAUGACAAUGGUUGCUUGGUGAAAAUAUGGAGAAUUUGAGAGUUGAGGAACUGGGGGGAAAACAAGUUUUGCAGUCAUAGCUUCUUUUUGUAUAUGGUGGAGGGUCGGGUUAGAUGUAUUAGGGCUGUUUAGGGGCCAUUAAAAUCCAUUCAUUAUUUUCUCCCUUUUUUGGCCCUUUUACCUUGAGGAUGGAAAAUGAUGAGGUGGGUUAGUUGUGCAGUGAACACUUGCAUACACAUCCUAUUUCUGUAAUUGACUAUAGAAAUCAGAGCAGAUGUGAAUGAAUCAUCAGUAGAUUCUCACUACUGUUUUUUUUUUUUGGUCUCCUCUGGCAUGCUUUG